AUGGACGGUGACGAAUCCAUGAACGGCCAGGUUCCACCGAGCGGGCAGGUGCCGCUGAACGGACAGUUGCCGCCGAACGGACAGCUGCCGCCGAAUGGACAGUUGCCGCCAAACGGACAGUUGCCGCCGAACGGGCAGUUCGGGCAGCAACCACAUGGAUUCCGACCUGGGGCAGAUCCGUACAUGCAGUGGUUCUCACAGCAGCAGCAAGUCUACGUGUCGGAGAUGUUCCGCCAGCAGCAGGAGGUUCUCCAGCAGCAACAAGCGGCCAUGCAGCAGCAACAGCGAGCGUUCAUGGAGCAGCAGGAGCAGCUUCUACGGAACGUCAUGACUAGGAUCAAUAUACAGGUCCCGCCGAACCCGGAGGUCAUUCUGGACUCGCUUGCCAACAACAUCAAGGAGUUCAGGUAUGAUCCGGAAAACAACGUCACCUUCGCGGCCUGGUACAAUCGUUAUGACGAGCUCUUUGCGAACGACGCUAGCCGGCUGGACGAUCCGGCCAAGGUGCGCUUGCUGCUCAGGAAGCUGGGGAUGUCGGAACACGAGCGGUACACGAGCUACAUACUGCCGAAAACAGCUAAGUUUUUCUCGUUCGCGGAUACCGUGGCAAAGCUUACGUCACUGUUCGAAACGGCCGAAUCAGUGAUAAGUCGACGGUACCGCUGCUUGCAGAUCAUGAAGCAACCUUUGGAGGACUAUGUCACCUAUGCCUGCCGCAUCAACAAAGCUUGCGUUGAAUUCGAACUGCCCAAGCUCUCGGAGGAGCAGUUCAAGUGUCUUGUUUUUGUGUGUGGUCUGAAGUCAGAAAAAGACGUAGAAAUAAGAACGCGGUUGCUGUGCAGGAUCGAGGAGCGAGCAGUCAUAACUCUGGAGCUGAUUUCGGAAGAAUGCCAACGCCUUCUCAACAUUUGGCACGACGCGGCGAUGAUUGAGGAGCAGGUAGCCGCUGUGCAAGCGUUGGAUUCGAAGCCGAAGUUCUCGAGGAAGCAGUUCAAGUCUGGUCCGUCUGGUGAUCGCGCGAAGUCCGGUAGAAGUGGUCCAGACACGGCCUGA